ACUACGGAGAUUUCAUUUUGUUUGAGGCUGGAUAGAACUGAAAGCAAGCCAGACGCCAGAGCAAAGGGUAUGAUGGCUAAAAAGCCCCCGAAACCUGCCCCUCGUAGGAUCUUCCAGGAAAGACUAAAGAUCACUGCUCUGCCCCUGUACUUCGAAGGAUUUUUAUUAGUCAAGCGGUCUGAUUACCAGGACUACGAACACUAUUGGACGGAGCUGAGAGGAACCACACUGUUCUUUUACACUGACAAAAAAAGUACAGUCUAUGUUGGCAAGUUAGACAUAAUAGACCUUGUGUGCCUUACUGGCCAAAAUUCAACUGAAAAGAAUUGUGCAAAAUUCACUCUUGUUUUGCCCAAAGAAGAAGUACACCUAAAGACAGAAAACACAGAAAGUGGGGAAGAAUGGAGGGGCUUCAUUCUUACAGUAACAGAGUUGUCAGUUCCUCAACACGUGUCACUUCUACCUGGACAAGUGAUUAGACUGCACGAAGUCUUAGAGAGAGAAAAGAAAAGAAGGACUGAGACAGACCAACUGCCAGUCAUGCCUGUGGAGAAAGAGAAGGAGCCAAUACAAGGCUAUGCGGAUGCACUGAACCCCCUUCCCGAAUGUUUUUAUGCAGUUUCCCGGAAAGAAGCAACUGAGAUGCUGGAAAAGAACCCUUCUCUGGGAAAUAUGAUCCUGCGGCCUGGUAGUGACAGCAAAAACUACUCCAUCACUAUCCGGCAGGAGAUAGAAAUGCCAAGAAUCAAGCACUUCAAAGUGAUACGCACUGGAAAGAACUACACCAUCGAGCUGGAAAAACCUGUAACACUCCCAAAUCUUUUCAGCGUCAUUGAUUAUUUUGUGAAGGAGACUCGAGGAAACUUGAGACCAUUUAUAUAUUCAGCUGAUGACAACUUUGGUGAAGAGCCCAACAUGGAAGACAGGAGCGAGAAGCUUAAGAAAAAUCCACACAAGGCAUGAAAUAACAUGGCACCCGCCUUCAUGUAUCUUGUUAUUUAUUAUUUUCAAAAGGAAGACUUUCACUUUUAAAGAAGACAUUCUCUAUUUCCCUGACCUAGUUUCUAAACCACUCAUUUGGGCAGAAGAACAAAAUGAUUUAAGCAUAUAAUUUGAUUAUCAGCAUGAAAAUAAUUUACUUACCACCAGCUCUCUGUAGAGGAACUUGAUACACACAUUUCUUUGCAUUAAGUAGAAAAACAUUUCUGCUACAGCCAAGGUUUUGUUCCCUCUUGGUUUCAAUUUCACAUAAGCAAUUUGCAUUGCAGAGUAUCUAGUUCCCCUAAAUCUUUCCAAUCUCCUAAAGCCUUACUAGGUUUCUAGUGUAUCUGAUAAAACUAAUUAAUCAAAUAAAAGUUAUUUAAAUUUUCUAGUUUGGAGGUCAUAGGCAUGGAAUAAACUAAGAAACACCCCUCUGGUGUAAAUGCUAUAUGCCACAUAUGUUCAUGGAGCCAAAGGCAAUUCAUUUUAGGUUUUUUGAUGUUGUCUUUUUACUAGUUCAAAACUAAGCUAUAUAGCUUUACAGGACAAUAAAACACAUUUCAUUGUUUCAAAUUUAAUACUAUACAUGCUAGUUAUGGUGAUUCAUUUCUUUAAAAGCAUGGGACCUCCACCCAAACUAGAUCUCUUGAAUCACAAUUUCAGUCAUACUAUUUUUUUUUCUUUUUUUUCGGAGCUGGGGAUCGAACCCGGGGCCUAGCAAGCGCUCUAAAACUGAGCUAAAUCCCCAACCCCCAUACUAUUCCUUCUUUGAAAACAAAUUCCUAAGUUGAUUUCAGUGGUCACACAGUUGAAGAACCAUGGAAUUAAGAACAAAAUGAGGGGCUAGAGAUGGUUCAGUGGUUAAGAGCACUGCUUGCUCUUCCAGAGGUCCUGAGUUCAAUUCCCAGCAACCAUAUUGUGGCUCACAACCAUCUAUAAAGGGACCUGAUGCCCUCUUCUGGUGUGUCUGAAGGGACAGUAUAUUAUUAGUAUCUUAUAAAGAUGCUAAUAAGAGAUUAGGGCUCAGAAGAAAGACUAUAGGAGACCAAGGGAGAAGAUGGCCACUUAUGUGACAAUAAAAAGAACAUACAUUCUCAGUUUUGAUGCUGGAAGUCUUAAAAUGCCUGGUUGUUCUAUUGUCCCCUCUAAACCCUAUAUUUGUAUGGAGCUCCAGUCAGUUAGUGAGCUACCUUCUAAGGUUUUCCUUUAAUUUGCUGAAAUAGAAUUUCUGAGGGUUGACCUGCAUUUUUGGCUUGUUAGUGUGAUUAUGUUAAAUUUCUGUGGUGAUGG